AUGGACCUGGAACGAAUCAAGCAAAGCCUCCGACUUCGUUCUGGCCGGUCCAAGAAGCCUCGCAAACAACCCACCGUCCAGUCCACCGCGGAUGCUCACCCCAGCCAGCCAGGUCCAAAGAACAUUGCCGCCAACGGUUUGGUUAAGACACCUCCUCGGCUGAUCACCAAAGCUGAGCCGGCCAAGUUACAGCCAACGCCAGACGUCUCUCAACCUCUAUCAGUCGACGUACGAAACACUCCACUGCAUCGACCAAAACUCCCACAUGCCUCCACCGACUUUGAUCCGAGGCCAUCUCCCUCAGACCGGCCCCCUCGAAUAGACUGUCCUCGCCAGGACGAUGGUCAGGAACCGGGCUCAAGCCCGUCCUCUUUGCCACGCGCUGUGUCUGAGGUGGACGCUGGGCUCGUGCUGAACUCUGAGUCGUCUGCUCUGGAUUUCGACUUGCACCCGCCUCCCCUUCCUUCUCGGCCCAGACCUCCUUCAGCCGAGUCACUUUCAGAGUCGCUCUUUUCUUCGGGCCAUCUCAAUACUCUCCUUCGCGAUCCUCAGUACCUGGCCCGCUUCACUUCCUUUCUGACAAGGUAUCGACCGCAGUAUCAUCAUGUCCUUCUGCGAUAUCUCGAAACACAAAAGGCUAUCAAGGCCAUUGAGUACGCAAAUGCGAUUGCUGAAGGAAUCCCCUCCUCUUCAGACGAUGGUGACCCCUCGAAUCCAAAGGUUUCUAUCGCAGCAACUCUCGACAGGGCUUUUGAGGAGUUGAGUAGUGCUGCCUUCCGCCUUAUGGUCGACUCCGCCCUUCCCAUGUAUGUCACGUACCACCUGGUGAAAUUGGUGACCGAAUAUCUCAUAGACGAGAUUACGGGCAAACAGACUUAUACAAAAGAUUUGGCACGAGGCUUGUCCGAAGUAUUCUGCCUUACAGAUCCGAAACAGCAGGAUAAUCCGAUCAUUUUUGCCAGCCAGGAGUUUUACCGACAGACAGGAUAUGGUCCCGACGAUGUCAUAGGGCAAAAUUGUCGCUUUUUGCAAGGCCCCAAAACGAACAGAGAGUCUGUAGCGAGACUGAGACAAGGCAUUCAAGGAGGCGAAGAUAUAUGUGAGACUUUGUUGAACUACCGGAGAGACGGUAGACCGUUUAUAAAUCUACUGAUGAUUGCACCUCUUCACGACGAUAAAGGCAACGUCAAAUAUCACAUUGGCGCCCAGGUUGACGUGACAGGAAUAGUCGAACACGGGAAGAGAUUGGACGGAUUGAAACGGUACCUUAGCGGCCGGGAGAUAGAGAAACGUGAAAGAGAAGCCCACGGCAAUGGAGAUGGGGGGGCCAAUCAAGGCCACCAAAAACCAAAGGCACUGGAAAAAUUGCGGGAGCUUAGUGCGAUGUUUGACCUGGAGGAAUCCGCCGUUGUGCGUUCGCAUGAGGGGUCUGAUUCAGCAUCAAGGGAAGACGACGAACAGUGUGUCGCAAGCGCCCGCAAGGUCACUCGACGUAUUCUUGGUGAUACCGAUGUGAAUUUAGAAAACGCCGACGAAGAAUUCGCUGAAGACGAUGACCAGAUCUGGGAACUUGGUCAGUCAGGACGAUCUGGCUUGUCAGGACAGCUGCCGGGCGUCUACGACAGCUACAUGCUGGUCAGGCCAGCGCCUUCUGUCCGAAUCAUCUUUGUGUCCUCUGUCUUACGGCGACGCGUGGGCAAUAUCAUCCAGCACCCAUUCCUAUCACAUGUUGCUGCUUCCACAAAUACUCUGAAAGGGCUCAAAGAGAGCUUCUACGCUGGUGUUCCCGUCUCGGCAAAGAUCACCUUGCUGCUCGAAGCUGGCGAUCGACACGACGGGACAGUAACCCGCGUAGGGAACAAACUCCAAGACGCAGGACAGGGCAGAGUCUGCUGGGUUUCUGCAACGCCAUUGCUUGGAAGUGACAAUAGGAUCGGUGUCUGGAUGGCUGUGAUUGUUGAGAACACCAAAGUACCAACAGAGACCAAACCUGCGACCUUGUCAAGUGCAGUCGAGGAUCAGGCUUCGAAGCAGCCGAGGUCUAGCGACCCGAGACAGAUCGACAUUCCUAUAAAGACCAGACCCCAGCAACAGACUCGGUCAGAAUCAGGGGAUUCAUCUAAGCGUGAAUUCAAACUCGAAGACCCUCCGAUCAAGCCAAAAAGGGUUGAGGACACGCCCGACCAAGCCCGCGACUCUCAAUUGCCUCUCCUACCCGCCGAAGAGGGAAAUAGGGAUUCUCAAGAAGAGGUGUUGAAAGAGCAAGACCAUGAGCUAGUUUCACCAGAGGAUGAAACACUUGUCGAACAGGAAGAAGAAAAGACCGUCCUGAACCACAAAAGCCCCAACCCGCCGAUAAUGCUUGACAAUGAAAAGGAUGGGUUUGUACAAACAAAUGGGAGAAUCUCCGACUCGCCGAGCCCACAAUACGCCCACGAUCGACUAAAUGGACACGGAGAAUCCAACACGCCGACAUUAUCGGCUGUCAAUGAUGCUCUUGAGCGCGCUAUGUCAGGGACAAAUACUGUCAAGACCUGGGUCACGCCGAUGUCACCAGACGACAAGGGUUUCGCGAACGGUUUGAAUGGAUUUCACAGCUUCUCUGACGAAGAGAAAACGCCCGUCAACCCACGGAAGGGCGGGUUCGCAGAUUACACGCCUUCUCCGUCGAGACCGGGCACAAGUGGCAUGGAUUCUACGACCGGGAAAUCGAACAGCAAGCAUUACAUGGACUACCUCCGUCACCCCGGUAGCCGGCCAUCGUCCGAAUACAACCGUGCAUUAUCAGGAAGCUUCCUUGCCACCAAGUACAAUCCAGAGGAGGACGCUCGGGAUGAAUGGGAUGACUUCAACGAUUCCGAAUGUGCGAGGUCACCGUAUAGUGUUGAUUAA